AUUUUCAGGGAAGAAGUUACAAACAAAAGAAGUGUUUCUUAUAAAAUAAAGGUAGGUGCAAAUCAAGUGACUGAUUAAUCACGAAUUCCUUUUUUCAAAACAAUCUUGUUUUUGCCAAAAUGACUUGUGUUUGCAAAAGGAAUUAUGAUUCCUGCAGACAGAAUAAGCUCAAUCAGCCAUUACUUGCCAUAUGCCACUUAAUUAAAAAUAUAUUUUGUCAUUUGUUAGGACACUAUGACAACAAACAAUAAAACUUGAUUAAUGUCAUCAUUAUAAAUUACUUUCGCCAUUGAAAAUUUACCUUGUUAAUAAUUAACAUUAAACAACCAAAGACUAAUGGACUGGGAGCCACUGUGUAAACUGUAUCGUUUUCGUUCAGAGAUGGGCAAAUUUUUUAACCAAGGGGCAAAUUUAGCUUCCAGUUGAUAAUUAAGCUCUGCACAGGUGCUUUUAAAUGCACAGGUGCAUUUUAAAAGGUUUAGUUAGGUUAAUGCCAAAACAGUAAUAAAACUAUCCUACAGCGAUACAUAAAUAGCUGGGCCAGAUCUAUAAAAGCAGUUUGCCUAACCUUGUAUGUACAAUGACAAACAACAAACAAGUAUGAAAUUAAAUCGACAACAAUUUAUCAGUACGUAAGAGGAACCAAGUUCAUAGACGUUCCUCAUUUUCUGCAGGUAGCAGCCGUGUGCAGAUGUAUUUUACUUUCGUGAAUAAUUUUUACUCCUUUAGGAAUUCUAUACUAGAGUAACAAAACUUUGAAGCAUUUUGUGUUGUUUUGUGGAAAAGUAGUGUAGUUAAAUGUCUCUUAACGCAGCAUUACAAGUGUCAACGUGCAUUGAUUCUGUUCCUAAAGCUAUAACCAAUUUCACUGACACCGAAACAUUCACCAAAAUUGUUAAGGAAGUGGAAAAAAAAGAGAAAGUAAUUUUUCACUGUAAUGGAUAUCCUGGCACUGGUAAAACACAGACUAUGCGAAAACUGGCUGAAAAGUUUCCAUAUGAUAGAAAAUUAGGUUUUGUAAAGUGGUACAUACAAUGUGAGGAUGAGGGUCAUGCAGUAGAGGAGGAAUUGCAAAACUUGGUAAAAAGAAUGUUUCAGCAUAACUUUAUAACAGAGAAUAGAAAAGUUACCACCAUUGAAGACUUGAAGAAGAACAUUGUUGGCUCAUUCGUAAAAAUGGUUUGUGAAUUGGAAAAACCAGUCUUGCUUAUUCUGGAAGACAUACCACGUAAACCGCCCCAAGUCGUACUUGAUCUCUUACGUUCUCUUGCAACUGAGACGCCUGCAGACUGGUUUCACAUUUACAUUGCCACUCGUUACAAGACUGUACUCCAUCAUGGCGAAGCUGAUAGUACUGUAUCAUAUACAGAGUUCCAGAUGAAAGGUUUCAGUGAGAAGGAGAGUCUAAAAUACUUAUUGGAAGAUCAGGAACACCCUGAUGUAGAAAAUCAGGCUGCAAAGCAAGUAUUUCGUCGUUUCAGUGGAUCAAUUCUUGGAUUACAGACUGCAAGAGGUUUCUGCAGGUCUAAUAGUAUCUCAUAUGAAGAUUACAUAAAGAAACUGAAGAAUGAUGAAAAGGAGCUGCACAAAUCAGAAUGGGAAUCAGAAAUAGAGGUUUAUGGUAAGAGCGCUCCACAUAUUUUUCAGGCAAUUACAUUACCAUUCAGAAGAGAUCGCCCACAACAAUUAGAAGUCAUGUCAUGCUUGUCAUACUUGCAUCAUCACAGUAUUCCAAGGACAAUUUUGACCAAGAUUUCCCAGCAUUUAGCCACUGGAGAGACAGGGGAUUUGAAUUCAAAGUCAGGAAAAUUAAUCAAAGAAUUGAUUGAACUCAAUCUCUGCAAAAAGGAAACAAACGAACAAGGGGAAUUUAUUACACUGCAUGAAGUUGUCUUGCAUGCAUUCAGAGUAAAAACCACACAUGAAGAAAAUUCUCUCAAAAUAAUGAUAGGUGUACUGGCGGGUGCUGUGACCAAAGAUACAAGAGAUCCAAAAAUGAUAACGGCUAUGAAAGGGUACGCCCCACAUGUAAGAAAAUUACUGGAUCAUGCAAAAGAAGCUAAAUACAUCAAAGAUGACAUCAUGGUACAGUUACAGUUAAGUGAACUAUACGAAGCUUAUGGUGCAACAGAAAACAACUUUGAAUAUAUGAGCGAAGCUUUUGAACUAGUAAUGAAGCAGCUUGGUACAGAGAUAGGUAAUGAAAAAAAGCUACAACCUUUCAUCUGUCAGAAUAAAUGUGGAAAAUAUAUCAGUGAUUGUGCAGAUAAACUAUUAAGAAUUGUCAAAACAAAGUCUUUGCCUGUUGAAAUUAUUCAAAAGUACGAAAGUGAAGUUAUGUUGGUGCAAGACAAAGACUGGGACUUUAUGGAGCAACAGGUUGAAGAUAAAGUCUUGUUUCAAAGGGCAAGAGAAAUCUUUAACAAAUGUGGAAAAAUGAAUCAAGACAUUUUCCAAAUGCUACGUGGUUGUAAAGUGAUUCCAACAGAAGAACAACAUCAAAAAGUGUUUUAUGCGGAGAGGCUUGCUUCCAUUUUCCAUAAUGCAAGUAGAGUCAUUCUGUAUUCGAAACUAAAUCCGGAGGACAAGAAGAACAGGCUUGAAGAAGCUCUAUGGUUGUCACGGCUGUCUUCCAAUUUGUCGAUAAGAUGCAGGGAACAUUUUGGAGUCGGUUUAAUUUAUGAAGAUAUUGCUGUACAGGCAGGGGCAAUACCCAUCCAGCUAAGCUUGUAUCAUUAUCCUCAGGUUUCUGCUGCAAAAGAGAUUCUGCUGAAGAUGAAAGAAACCUGUGAUGAAGCAUUAGACAAGCAGUUUCCCGAUAAGAGUUGUUGUCCAGAUUGGCUCAUUAUCAACGAGACAGAGAGCGAACUGUAUAGAAAGUUGAGCAUCAAGAGAUAUCUGGUGAGAAUACACACCAGGUUGGUUAAAGAUGAUCCCAGCCACUACAGAAAUGUAGAAGCUGAUUGCACAGACUUGCACCAACUUGCUCUACAGCACCUAAAAGAGUGGGAGAUGGCAAACAAAUGCCUCAUUUACGUAGGAAAGCUCUAUGCUUCAGGAAAAGAGUACGUCAAGGCAUUAGAAUGCUUUGAUGAAUUCCUGAACCAACACCAAAACAAAAAAUCCUUUCUACGUCCUUGGGCAGUAUACAACUACACAAGAGCUGCUGUCCUGCUUCAGGGAGAAUUGAAACUUCGCGUCGAAAAACAAGAAAGAGCGAGAGCUUUGUGUGAACAAGUCCUUGAGCCAACCAUAAACAUGAGCACAGCUUUAAGAAGCAAAAUUCAAGCAGAGUUAACAAAAUUGGGUGAUAAACCCAAUUAAAAAAAGGUGCACAUUGAAGCUUAUAAUAAUUAUGCUUAUUUAUGCUUAUUGUCUAUGCUUAUAAUUGUGGUAAUUCAUAACAUGAAGCGCUUU